AUGCCGACUCCCCGUGCCGCGCCGAUUCCGCUGGUGCUGCUGCUGCUGCUACUCGCGCUCCUGGCGCCGGCGCCGGAUGAGCGCAGCGGCGGAGGCGGCGGAGUGCGCGGGGCGGUGGCUCAAACGGACUGUCCGCUGGUGGGGCAGGGCAUCGACCCGUACUCGGCGGGGCUGGUCGACAACAAGCCGCCCGUCUACGUCUCCGUGCUCCUCAAGAAGCUCAUCGCCGUCGACGUGAACGACACGGUGGCGAUCAACAAGGUUCUGUCGGCGAUGGGGCCGGCACUGACGUGGAAGGCUGUGGAGGACUGCAAGGCGAACGUGACGUUCUCGGGGUUCAACAUCAGCCAGAAGGACGCCUGCCUCAAGAACACCAAGCAGAACAACCUGCCGCAGAUGGAGGGGUGCAUCAAGCCGUGCACUCCUGCGGGCAUCACGUGCUGCGACGCCCUCUGGAUCCCCUCGCUCACCAUCCCGAACGUCAUCGUUUAUCCGCAAGAUCGAUUCCAGACUGAGAGCAUUUUCUUCUUUGGGGAUUACAGCACCGAUGCCAGUGCCGUCGACCGAGAGUCCAUCGUUGAAGGAACCUUCUUCUCGCCCUUCACCUUCCAAAAAUUCCCCUUUGACUCUCAGAUCCUGCGGUUGGUGGUUUCAGUGGAGGGCAGCGGCGAGUUCUACCUGGUGGGGAGCAAUUCAGGGCGGCAGUCGGAGCAGGGGGGCGGGCAGCUGGGGGGAGGGGGAGGCACGUACGUGAAUGAUGAGGUCACGGGCUGGAAGAUUGCCAGUGUGGGGCUCGACUGCACUCCCUCUGACACCACUGUCAGCACCUCCGCCUCCUACCACCCCGGUGAGCUGCGCCACGUGGAGUGUGUAUGGUCACGUGUGCGCGUUUAUGUGUGUGUGCCUGACAGCACUUUCUGUUCUUCCUCUGCUCUUACCCCUCCUUCCCCCACCCCUGUCUGCCACUGCUCCCACCCCUCCCUCUGUUCCCACCCCUCCCUCUGCUACCACCCCCACUGCGCUCACUUCCCCUCUCCCCUCCCUCCCCCUGCCCCACUAACUGCGCCCCACAUGCACCUACCUGCUGCUGCUCGCGCUCGUCCCCCAGAGGACCCGUGGAACGCUGUGCCGGACAGUGCCAGCAGCAGCAGCAGCAGUGGGGCAGCGAGCAACCAGAGCGCCACGUGCAUCUUCACCAUCCACAUCCAACGCACCAGCGGCGUCUAUGUCAUCGCCGUGCUGCUGCCGGUCAUCCUGAGCGUCUAUCUCACAUUCACGGCCUUCAUAGCCAAGCCAGAGGAUCUCGAGAUUCGAUUGGGGGCGUGCCUCACGCUCUUCCUUGCACUCGUCGCCAUUCAGUUCGUCAUUGACAGCCAGCUACCGCGCACGUCAGCGAUAACCAACUUUGGGUAUCUGAUGAUCGUGUCGUACAUUGUCAUCUGGCUGUGCACCAUGGAAAUCCUCGUCGCCUUCUGCAUCGCCGAGCGCAUUGAGAAGAACGUGCAGGAGCUCGUGCAGGACGCGCUGCCGCCCGCGCUCUCAAUCAAGGACUCUGCUGCCGACAAGGCAGCGGGCGAGAAGCUGAUGGGUGGUGGGGAAGACGUGGAGGGCGUUGACAGCAACGACGCUGAAGCCAUUGCUGAAGCUGCAGCAGAGAGGAGGGCUGCUGCGGCUGAGGAGAAGCAGAAGAAGAACGUCCCGGGCCUGCUGAGAUUCCGAUUGUUUGGCUACUAUGUGAAGGCAUCCAACCCCGAAAGAGCCAAGGAAGGGAACUACCGGCUCGCAGUCAAGAUAGACCUUGUUGUUGGUCUUUUUCUCUUCACUGGCUACACUGUCACCUGGAUAGUCCUCUGCACCACUUGA